UGCUGGUGGGAUGGUGAAGGUUAGGCUGGAGCUCAGCAGGUGAAUGUGGAAUAAUCCGAUAAAGAGGUUAAACCAUUAUAUUAAUUUACUCUUUGGGUUAAACCAAGCGUUUAUUUCAUACAACUAUCCGAAUUACUAUUCAUAAAUUAUUUUUAUACACUGGCAACACAAAUAUUCUUUGUCAUUCAGCCACGUCAUUUUUGUGAUUUUUGCUUGAAUGAGAAGAUUGUUGAGUGGUGUUGAUUUACGCGGCUUCAUAUUUAACUUUACCGUAAAAUAUUAAAUCAUGAAUAUAUUUCGUUUACUUGCCGACCUAUCUCACCUGUUAGCUAUAAUUAUAUUGCUACUUAAAAUCUGGAAAACCAGAUCAUGUGCAGGAAUAUCAGGAAAAUCGCAAAUACUAUUUUCCGUGGUAUACACGGCGCGAUAUUUGGACUUGCUUACAGCUUACGUGUCGGCAUAUAACACCAUAAUGAAAUUAGUUUUUAUCGCGGCAUCGUACGCUACAGUGUAUUUGAUGUAUGUCAAAUUUAAGGCCACCUACGAUCAUAACCACGACACAUUUAGGAUUGAGUUCUUGUUGAUUCCCACUUUGAUAUUAGCGCUACUCGUUAAUCGCGAGUUCACUGCAUUGGAGGUGUUAUGGACAUUUUCAAUUUACUUGGAGUCUGUAGCAAUUUUGCCCCAACUGUUCCUGGUGUCAAAGACAGGAGAGGCUGAGAGCAUCACAUCCCACUAUUUGUUUGCUCUGGGCUCUUACCGAGGUCUUUACCUCUUGAACUGGAUAUACCGCUACAUUUUCGAGGAACACUUUGAGCCUAUAGCUGUAAUUGCUGGUGUUGUCCAAACUGUUCUGUAUUGCGAUUUCUUCUAUCUCUACAUUACUAAAGUUCUUAAAGGGAAGAAGUUACAGCUGCCAGCUUAAAACACACAAGCAAUUUAGGUGCAAUAUAAAAACUGACAAGAAAAUGUCUUCACAUAUAUUUUAUAUAAGUCAAUAAUUAAUUACCUAAGAACCUAGUUGUACAAGUGACACUUUGCAGCUGUUAAAACAUUUGUUAUUAUGAAGCAACUUUUCUUCUGUUAAUUCAUGUGGUUUUGUUACAUUUUAUAACUAUGGGUAUGUGAACUUUUAUCCUUAGGCUAAUGGGCGUACAUAAAUACUUUGAAAAGAGGAGAGUGAGGCAUAAUCAAUCAUUAUUCCAGGUAACAUAGAUCAGGUGAGAUGUUAUAAAUGCGAAAGGUUUGUUUUGUUCGGUUGUCUGCAGAUGACUUAUAUGAAUUUUUAUACUUUGGAAUAUAUCUAAAAGUAAUAAAUUAUUAUAGAAAAUGUAUGGUUUAUCAGUUUUAGAAUAAUAAAAAAAAGUUUUGAAAGUUUCGAUUGACAAUGUAUUUUGCAUUUAGAGUUCAAGUAUUAAAUUAUUUGGUCUUUUGAAACUACAAAAAUAAAUAAAUAAAUCGCUGAGAUUUUGACGGGGUAUUAUUUUGUAAUAGCUUAGGUCCAAUUUAAAAAUUCCAUUAAUCCAUAUUCAUAAUUUAUAUGUGGAUAUUGGGGCAACAUGACUAUACCACACUACCAGAAAGUAAUGGACAAAAUAGUCUGAAAUUAAAGUUGUUCAAAUUACAGUACAUAUUAAAAUGAAAGAAAAAAUAUAUCAAGUAAAUAAUAUUACGAAUGUGAGGUUUUAAGUUAAUUAUUAUGAAAUAGUUAAACGGAUCUAGAUUAAUUUUGUACAGAGACAGACGUAUACUUUUAUAAUAAUAUAGGUACCCAUAGAUGAAACAGUUUGUUACAGAAAGCCCAAAUACCCAAUCUUACCCCAUCUCCUCUGAUAUGUAUGUCCAUAGGUCACAUUGAGACUGCCGGUUCUUUACAAUCUUUGGUUCUUAUAAUUUGAAUAUUGUUUAUUAAUUUUGGAAGCCAAAAAUUCAAUUAAUAAUAAUUACUAUUAAAUAGUUAAUUAAUAGCAUUACUAAUUACUAUUAAAUAGUUUUCAAAGUGUGCAUGUCACACUGAAUUGAAAUCCGUAAGUAUAAUUAUAAAACUUAUGUGAUCAAAGGAAUAUUGUUUAAUGAUAAUAAUUAUAGGGGAUAUAGUAAGCUAACAUAACUAUACUUCAUUUUGUGUUUCAUCACAGUUAGUUUAUCAAUAUACAGGGUGCUCGGGAGUAGGUAUAUUCUAUAACUUCCAGGUGUUGACGAGUCCACUUAUAGGCCUAGAACAACAUAACUAAUAUGUUUUAACAAAUAAAAUAAAUAUUUUUAUGAUUUCAUACAAAGUAAUGCAAAUAAUUCCAACUAUCCGUGUAACACACAUCUUUGUCUAUUCUUGCAUUUUAAAAUACGUCAAAACUUGGCUACGUCAUAAUUAUAAGGAUGCGUAUAUGGGACACAUUUUAUGAUCUAUUUACAAAAGAAAUAUUAUUUAACCCGAAAAUAUUAAUUUUAGAACACAUGUUCCUUGAACAUUUUAAAUUAAUUUUCGGUAAAGAAUAUUACCACAAAGUUAUGGGAAAUACUCCCGAGCAACCUGUAUAUAACUUAACAUAAUAAUGAUUUUUCACAUUUAAACAAUUAUUCUGAUGAUCGCACAAUAAGUUUCGUAAUAAAGUAACAUAAAACCGUGUUAGUAUUACUUAUAUGACUUGUACCGGGUAUUUGACAUGGCCACGACGUCUUGUGGACAUGCCAUAUUAUUUUAAACCUCUGCGUGCGUAUGUGAUGCAUCGAUUGUGACACAGUAAAAUAAAUAAUUUAAGUAUAUGUUAAUAUAUUAUUUCUUAAUUAAAUAAUGAAGUUUUGUGUAUUGAUUACCUACCUUAGGGUCGAUCCACACAGCCCCGCGGCUUACCUUCAAGAAAACCAGAUAAUAAAUGGCAUAGCGGAAAGGCUGAGAUGUGUGGAUACACCUUUACUUUGUUGGUCGGUUGGUAAAGAUCUAUAAAAUCAUGGAAAUCUCUUCCAGUAUAUAGGUACUUAGUUCUUUUUUCUGUUGACAUAACAUAAACUUAUGAUUUUUGUAUUAUAUAUUAACUUAAUACUGACUUCAAAACAUGAAUAAAUGUUUGAAAGGGAUUUAUUAAAGAGAAUAGUUUUUCACUUCAUUUGGUAAACGAUCCUUGAGGACGUUGUUUUUAUUUGUAAAACUAACAUCAGCUCUUAAAAAUGACCUUAUUUAGCAUGUGCCAAUCAUUGUUAUUAAUUUCUCGUACAAUGGGAAGGUUAGCUUGAUUUGCAUAAGAAAAUAUGCAGUUGACAUGGCUAAUGACUGACUUAAUGACUCAAGUCUUCUUUUUAUUUUUUACAAGCUAGCCCUUGACUACAAGCUCUACACCUACGAUUGUGUAUUUCAAUUGACAUAUUAACUACGAUCACACGUAAUGUCUAAGCUAUAGCUUGGCAACUUCGUUCGUAACACUCCUGAUAGUACGCGCGGGCCGGAAGGCGUGUAGCGAUGAAUGAAAAACCCACGACUGAUGCACCUCACUUCCCCGCACGCACGAUUUCACACCCGCGCAGUCUCCCCCCGUCGCCCGCAUAUCAUGGGAGUUUCCUCAACGAACUUGACCGACUAUACAAUACAGUCUUUAUUGGUGGUAGUCGGGUAAUUUGAAAGAGAACAGUUCUACCCAUAUCCCGCAUGGUUUCUGUACUUAGACCAAUUAAGAGUACCUUCUAUUAGAUUGGUAUAGGACUCAAAUUCACCAACAAAAUGGCCAAUUUUGAGGGGGACGAGGUAAACUCACACAUUGAAAAAAAUAACACCAAUAAAUCCCGCGUCUUGACACUACACACACACGUAAUUUUAACACAAUGAAACAUCGAUUCUAUAGACUCAGUUCGUAUGAAUACUUUGAUCAUGAUCAUAUAGUUUAGAAGGGGUAACCUAUAGCGAGGCAGGUCCUAUAGGACGGGUUUCAGUAUAAUUCCGAGACGCUAAAUCUUAUGACGACAAAGCAAACGAGACUGGCACCCCAUACAGAAUGGUUGAAGAAUCAACGGUUUUCUUAAAAUUAUAAUAAGGCCCUUAUAAGUGGGAACCUCGUUUGCAUAAUUCUAACUCUUUGGAUUUCUUUUUUAUUUGGCAAACAAUCUAUAAUUUAACGUUAUGCGCAAACAAGUUAUAUUAUAACAGUAUCAAUAUAUUUUGACUUUGAUUCCUUCUAUGAAAUGUCUUAUUUUUAGUAAGAAUGUUAGAAUAGGUACCUAUACUUUUAAAUAUAGUCGUAAGAUUGUAAUGUAAAGUUACAUGCAAUAAGAAUUAAAUUUGAAAGUGAAAUAAAA